ACAUGCAGCUCUGUCACAGAACCUGAUGAGGAAGAACCUGCACAAGAUGUCAAGGGGAAGCACUUCGACAAAGAAGGAAGCGUGACCACCGAAGACGGAUUCACAGAUUCCAGUAGUGUUUCUAUUGCAUCUCCGUCCUGUAAUAAUACCACGACUUAUGGACGUCGACAAAACUCUCUUCGAAGAAGUAUCACCGCUAAAAAGGAUCAACUGCAUCGCAAAGUAAAACGGAGUAAUGGUCCUGCAGGCACAGAACGACAGGAGAAUAUGCCGGAUCGUUUCGACAUUUUAGGUCAAUAUAUCGCCCAGACUCUUCGAGAGCUCUCGCCGGAAGUCUCUUCAGUAAAGAUAUUAGAAAUCACCACGGUCCUUCAUACCUCAACAGCUCCUACUUCUAAUUCGAAGGUGAAUGCUACGAAAACGCCUCAGAACAAUAGAAGAUGA